GGUUGCCACGGAAUCUUCUACCCUUUUAUAUACCAAUUUCUAGCAAAGUCCAUCAGCUAUGUCUGGGUUAAAGAAGUCUGGAAAGAAGGCAGUCGAGGCUAUCUUGAACCCAAAAAAGAUCGACGUUGCUCUCCAGAAAUUUACCCGACCCGCCGUUGGAGCUGGUAAACCUACAUUCCCGACUUCUCAACGGGACUUGAAAAAUAUUGGGUUCCAUUUCGACCUUGCCGACCAUACCCGUGAAGUGCCCGACUCCAGACCUAAUGCGAAGCCAGGCGCUACCCGAAAAGCCAAUGUUUUCCACUGGCAAGCAGCGGCGCAGGCUGAGGCAAAGUCAAUUAAGGACUGGAUUCAAAAGAAUGGAUCGCAUGCAGUGAUCCAGACGCUUGAGGUCCCAGUAGAUGCCACCAAGGAGGAGUUCGAGGAAAUCCUGAAAACUGCAGCAGAAAAGCUCUAAGCUCCUAGGUAUCCUGUUCCAUUAGGUACCCAGCUUUGUCAAUAAUCAACAACAGUUGUGGGCCUGAUCACGAUGUACUGGCUGACUACACGUGGAAAAUGCAUGGUACUACUUUACUCCACGCCCCUCGGCUUCGUUGAGUGACCUAUUUGUUUUCCCCAUAUUGCUUCCUACUUCUUUAAGUGUUUCAUUCCCUUUAUGUCAUGCCAG